GUACGCUCCGUUCACAGACAACUAAAAUGCAAACAUAACGUAAGCUAUUACUUAUUCAGAAGACGGCCAGAAUUUUGCAUAUGCUUGGCAGCUAGCAUGGCCAUCGAACAAGAUCAGCAUGCUUAGCAUUAAUCGAACGGAGCGUGGCUUAAAUGUCUUAAAGCGCGAGAAAACGAACAAAAUUCAUUGUACUUUCAUUAGGAUGGCCUUUAACAACAGAAAGGAAACCUCGCCGAUAUCUCAAGCCGUAGAACUCCUAAAUUAGAGGGGUUAUGGGCAACUGCGCUCAUAAGGCACUCGGAACAAGGUCCCUCCUAGAGGAGGACCAAGAUGAGGCAUGGAAGCGUCAAACACGAGGAAAACUUGAAAACAAACUUUACACGUUUGUGGACCUCAAAGGCCUGGAGGGAAGCACGGAAUUUGUCAAAGUCUGGAAGGAAAGCGGCAAGUUAGGGUUUGUGAAAAAACUUAGGGAUGAAAAAAUUCUCUUGCCUUACUUAUAUGAACAUGGAGAGGGAAAAGUUCCUACUGCUGAAGAACUCAAGGAAUGGCAGAACUCAAAGCCCGAAAGACACGGAACAGCUGAAAAUCACGAUGAUCCACAUCAUGCACCUCGCAAAGCUUGCUGGUCGCUUGCACACCGCGGGACACUGGGGGAGACAGCGCUGCACCUGUGCUUCCUUACUAACAAUAUGAUCAUGACAGAGAUGGCGCAUGCUCUGUUGAACUUGUAUCCUGCAAUGGCGCUGGACCAGUACGAAGGCCACGAAUAUUAUGGUGAAACGUCUGUUCACAUUGCAAUCGUAAAUGGAGACCUGGAGUCACUCAAACUCCUGGUUGGUAAAUAUGGUGCAGAUGUUCACGCACGCGCACGAGGUAGAUUUUUCAUGCCAGAAGAUUGCAAGGAUAGAAUGAAAGCAGAGACAGAUUAUGAUGGUUAUGCGUACUACGGUGAGUACCCAGCAUCCUUCGCUGCAUGUUUCGAUAGCAAGGAUAUGUACGAUUACCUUAUAAGGAAUGGCGCAGAUCCCAACAAGCAAGACACCUUUGGCAAUACAGUGUUACACUUGUGCAUCAUACACAACAAAAUAGACAUGUUUCUUCAUGCUACGCGAAGGAAACACAAGAUCUGCGGCAAUACGUUCAUCAAAAAUAAACAAGGAUUUUCCCCCUUAACACUUGCCGCUAAACUGGGACGAAAGGAGAUGUUUUAUGAAAUUCUCGAGCAUCAAAGCAUGGAAUACUGGACAUAUGGACCCAUAACAUGUUCGGGAUAUCCACUGGAGGGUUUGGAUUCCAUCGACAAGAAUGGUAAAUCUGAUGAUGAGUCAGCAUUACUUAUUACACUUAAUGGAAAGACAAGCGAUCACUUGGACAUGCUGAACAGCGGUAUCAUAUAUCGCCUUUUGGAAGAAAAAUGGAAAGCUUUUGGAAAGGGAAAGUUCUAUCGACGAUUGGUUUUCGCAGGACUUUACCUUUUGGCUUUCAGUUUGGCCAUUUAUCUUCGUCCACGACAUCUUGAUCCUACGAGAAUAGAGACUAGAACUGAUAGAUUACGUGUUGUUGCUGAAGGUUUCACAGUCCUUGGUGCGUUUAUCUACUUGGUGCUGGAAAUCAAGGAUGUGUUGAUAACUCAAGGAGUUCACACACAGAUAACAACUUUGCGUGACGCGCCAGGCAAGGCGAUCUUUUUGGUAUCCUGUGUUCUUGUCAUCCUUGCGUUACCAUGCCGUUACCUGGGAGAACACCAGGCCGAGACAACUAUGUUAAUUCUUGCUGCUCCUAUGGCCUGGUGCUACUUGCUGUUUUUCUGUAGAGGGUUUGGAGCAAUCGGUCCUUUUGUAGACAUGAUCUACAGAAUGUGCGCUGGAGACAUGUCAAGGUUCUUCAUCAUCUAUAUCAUCUACGUAGUGGGGCUUGCACAAGCCUUCUCACACGUUAUGAAAGGAGUGAACGGAUUCGGGAACGAAGGAUACACCAUCAUGACGCUAAUGCGCAUGACAUUCGGCGAGUUUGACUUCUUCACGUUCGAGAAGUCCCGGCAUCCUACAUUGGCCAAGCUACUAUUUUUCUACUUCAUGUUGUUCGUCACGGUUUUACUCAUGAACAUGUUGAUUGCCAUGAUGGCAAACACGUAUCAGAAUAUUUCGGACCGUUCGGCAAAAGAAUGGAGAAGACAGUGGGCUCAGAUUAUUAUGGUAUUAGAACGUUCAGUAAGCCCACUGGAGCUGAUAAAGCUACAGGAUAACUACUCAGUUAACAUGGCAACGGAAGGAAGUGAGGAGAGGCGGAGAGGAUUAAUGGUAAUCAAAAAGAGCAGCUUGCCGAGCAAAGCUGACAAACGGAAAGCCGCUAUCUUGAAUUGGCAGGCUGCCCUCAACGAGCUGAGAUCUGUGCAGGCCGACUCUGAAGGAGGCAGAUUCUUGGAAUUGACUCUGUAAAAAACAAACUUCAAGAACAGGCGACUAAAAGGCACCUCACACCAGUAUCGACGUGAGCCUCACGUGAACACCAUGUGGUUAAGUCAGCACGCGGACACUAUGACGUGGACGCACAGAAGCUAAGUCGCUAAAUGAAGAUGGAUGGAAAUGUGCAAUGGUUUUUAUCUCUAGAAGACUUUCUC